CUGUCAAGUGACGUCACAAAAGUCGAUAUUAAAUAUUCCACCUGUCGUUAUCGUUAUCAUUGCACUGUUUUAUUUUUUAACUUUUUUUGUUUUGUUUUUUACUUUGUAAAUAAUUUGUUCACUUAAUAACGAUUAUGUUAAGAAUAUCUACUAAAAUCUGCACAACACUAUGCACUCCAAUGACACGCAAAAGCUUUUGCUGUCGGUUACUUCAUAUCAGCGAAACCGACGUCAUAACGACCUCCAUAGAUAAGGAUUCAAAGGAUUUCCAACAAAAUGAAACCGAAAUGAAGAAUCUUGUAAGUGAGCUGCGAAAUCAUACAGCAAAAGCUUUAAGUGGUGGUGGCCCAAUAGCUGUGGAGAGGCACAGGUCUCGAGGAAAACUUCUGGCUCGUGAGCGUAUUGAUAAACUUGUUGACAGUGGAACUGCAUUCCUGGAACUAAGUUCACUAGCUGGACAUGAGUUGUAUGGCAAAGAAGUAAUCAAUUCAGGGGGUAUCGUCACCGGAAUAGGAAGGAUUUGUGGAACGGAGUGUGUAAUUGUUGCCAAUGAUGCCACAGUCAAAGGUGGAACCUACUACCCGGUCACAGUGAAGAAACAUCUUCGCGCCCAAGAGAUAGCCCAAGAGAAUCGUUUGCCUUGUAUCUACUUGGUGGAUUCUGGAGGUGCCAACCUGCCACGCCAAGCAGAAGUCUUCCCCGACAAGUGGCACUUUGGACGGAUAUUUUACAACCAAGCGAACAUGUCAGCGCUUGGUAUUCCUCAAAUAGCAGUGGUCAUGGGUAGUUGCACAGCUGGUGGAGCGUAUGUCCCAGCUAUGGCUGAUGAGAGUAUCAUUGUUAGAAAACAGGGAACUAUCUUCUUGGCUGGGCCGCCAUUAGUUAAAGCAGCCACAGGGGAAGAAGUGUCUGCAGAGGAUCUCGGUGGAGCCGACCUUCAUUGCAAAACGUCUGGAGUUACAGAUCACUACGCCACCGACGAUGAGCACGCUCUCUAUUUAGCUCGAAAAAUUGUUAGUAAUUUCAAUAUGCCUGAAACUAACUCCUACACGCACAAUGACUCUGAAACUCCAAUGGUUAGCCCACAAUCAAUUCCUUCUUUCUAUGAAGAACCUAAAUACGACCCUAAAGAAAUAUACGGAAUAGUGGGACCCAAUCUUACCAAAAGCUUUGACGUUCGAGAGGUCAUUGCUCGAGUUGUAGAUGGAAGUCGAUUUAAUGAAUUCAAGAAGUUCUACGGAGAAACUCUAGUGUGUGGCUUUGCAAAGCUGUAUGGCCACACUGUCGGCAUUGUUGGCAACAAUGGAGUUUUGUUCUCAGAGAGCGCUCUGAAAGGGGCUCAUUUUAUCCAAUUGUGUGCUCAGAGGAAUAUUCCUUUGGUUUUUCUUCAGAACAUCACUGGAUUCAUGGUUGGCAGGGAUGCUGAAGCCAAUGGAAUUGCCAAGAACGGAGCGAAGAUGGUUACUGCUGUGGCUUGUGCAAAUGUCCCCAAAUUCACCGUCGUUAUUGGAGGAUCCUAUGGAGCUGGAAAUUACGGAAUGUGUGGCCGUGCAUAUUCCCCACGGUUCCUAUUCAUGUGGCCCAAUUCACGUAUUUCAGUGAUGGGUGGGGCUCAGGCAGCUAAUGUCCUUGCUCAAGUCACUUCCGACCAGAAAAAACGAGAUGGCAAGGAAUUGAGCGAAGUAGAAAUCAAUAAGAUGAAAUCUUCGAUUGAGGAGCGGUUCGAAAAAGAGGCUUCUCCUUAUUACAGCACAGCUAGAUUAUGGGAUGAUGGAGUUAUUGAUCCAGCUGAUACUAGAAAAGUUUUGGGAUUGAGUUUGAUUUCUUCGCUAAGGAACUCUAAAAAUCAAACAAAGUUUGGUAUUUUCAGAAUGUAAUUUUGAAGAUGGUAAAGAAUCUAUUUUUAAUCUUUGGUGCAUUGUGAAUGCUUUAAGACGAAAUAUAACAGAAUCUGUUGCAUUUAUUAGAUUUAAGUAAAGAAAUGUUGGCAUUUAUAUUUUUAUAAAUAAAUUCAGUUUACUGAAUAUGGUUUAUUGUUAUUAAUAAAGUUUUAAUACUUUUUAUAAA